GACACGAUGAAACGCUACUGAAACGGCAGUGAACAUGUGACCUCCAAACAACCUUCAGACUUUCCAAGACAUGUCUGGCAUGUCUGGCAUGUCUCAUGGAUUUUCAUGGCCCUUCACAAGACCAAUAGAUAACGUGACACAGCCGAAACGACUCAGCUUCCGAUGGUGCAAGGCCCAGAAUAGAGGACGUGGCUCAGCUUCCAUAGUUCCCAUGGGGAAGAAGGACAAGAAGCGAAAGAGCUCGGUGAGUCGCAGCCGACGGCGGGAGAAGAAGGAGAAGAAGAAGGCGGCCAUGGCGGCCAUGGCGGCCAUUGCGGCCAUGGUGUUUUUGGUGCUAUGAGUUCGUAUCACGGUGAGUGUCACGUAGGAUCUCAAUCUUGGUUCAUACGGUAAUUAACAUGUAUCGGAGUUGAUUUUGGUUCACAUUUGCUACAGGUCAGAUUUCAGGUUCACUUCACAUUUGUUGCAUUUGCUUUUGUGGUUUUCUGAGUUUUCUGAGUUUUCUGUUAAUCACUGUGCCGGAAUCUAUACGACUUGCAGCUCGAACUGCAGCUUGGCUGAUGAAAGUUGUAGCUACUCACAGCUGAUGUCAGUAGCAAAGCAUUCUUUACAGCAUCAAUAGUUGUGAAAACUGAGGCAGCUUUGGAUAUCAACUGUCCAUGGACGCCUUGGAUGUGAUUCAUCACCCAUCAACAGUUGGCGGUGAUUUUUCUGGCAAAGCAAGCACAGCUCACAUCACAAUCACUUUAUUUUUGGGUCGAUUUAGCAUUUCUUGUCAGCACAUCUCUUGAGAUCUAUCCACUUCUGGCAUCUUCCAUCAGGCGGAAAAGAAGCGCGGAGAAAAAGAGGAGAAACGAAGGAAGAAAGCGCGGAGCGAUGAGCGCAGUGACUCUUCCUCAUCCAAAGGCCAAACUUUUGGCAGUUGCGUCGUCUGGGAUGUUUACCCUGUGCAGUUGUCUUUACCUUGAUGUUUCUUCAUUGGUGGCACCAUUCCGCUGAAACCUGCCAGGUUUAAGUCUUGCAACACCACUGUGGGCUGGGUUUCAGCAUGUUUCAGCAUGUUUCAGCAUGUUUCAGCAUGUUCCGUUUUAGCUGUCGUCCUGUCAUGAGCUGUCAUGUGCUACACAAUGCUACACACCUGUCAUGACCGUUCAGAUGAUUUCAUGAUUUCAGAUUCAUCUCACCGUGUUUCACCGUGUUUCACCGUGGUUCUCCGUGGUUCACCGUGGUUCACCGUUCGGAGGCAAAGGCAAAGCCAAAGAAUCCGACAGUUCGGAGGUGGAAGACGUGCCUCCGAAAGUGACACCUCCGGCUCUGGUGGCUCCGGCUGUCACGGCAUCACUUGUGCCCCUGAUCGUGAGUGGAUGUCAAAACCCCACCAUUUCGGACAUUGUGAAAGGCACCUACUUCCGACAUGGCAGCAAUCACGGCAAACCGGUCUACAAGAAGAAAUUGGAAGAGGUUUCAGAUGACGAUGAUUUGGAUGUCCUGAUCUACUACUGGGAUGACCGUGAUGGUGAAGAGAAUUGCGGCUGGUGGUUUAGUCCUUCAGUUGGGGGAGAGAUGGUGUGGGCGUUCCACCCCAGUCGAAAGGCUACAACGCCGCCUCCAGCUGAAUGGAACGUGCCUCACGAUGGGCCCAUUGACAAAAGUUUUUCUGUUACAGCUGCGCCGGAACUGACGAAAAAGGCUGCUGAGAAGGACGACGAUGAUGACGAAGAUGAAGAAGAGGAAGAAGAGGAGGAGGAAGAAGACGAGGAAGUGCCAAAGCCCAAAGAAGAGGUCAAGGAGGUGGAGCCCUUGCCCGAUCUGACGGGUUUGAGUCCCGAAGAGAAGGAGCUGGCUCUGCAGGAAGCUGAAGAUCGGCGCUUGAUGCAGCAGAUUAAGCAGCGGGAGUUGGAACGGAAGAGGAAGGCGGAGGAGUUGAGUCAGUUGAGGUUGAAGAAGGAACAGGAGCAGAAAGCUCUGGAAGUUGAGGAGAAGAAAAAGAAGAAACAGAGAAAUAAAGAGCAGAAGAAGAAGGAGAAGGAGGAAAAGAAAAGAAAGGAGGAGGAACGAUUGCAGAGAGAAAGAGAGGAGGAAGAUCGUCGAAGGGAAGAAGAUGAGAGACGACGGAAGAGAGAAGAAGAUGAGAGACGAAAGAGAGACGAGGAAGAGAAAUUGCGAAGAGAAGAAGAGCGCAGAAAAGAAGAAGAACGCAGAAAAGAGGAAGAGAAAGAACGUGCUGAGCGUGAAGAGAGGCGCCGCAAGCGUGAAGAAGAGGAACGCCUGCGUGAAGAAGAGGAGAAACGCCGGAAGAAACAGAAAGAGGAGGAAGAUCGUGAACGCCGACGGCGGGAAGAAGAAGAGGAACGGGUCCGUCGCGAAGAGAGGCGUCGUAAGCGCGAAGAGGAGGAACGCAUUCGUGAAGAAGAGGAGAAACGCCGGAAGAAACAGAAAGAGGAGGAAGAUCGUGAACGCCGACGGCGGGAAGAAGAAGAGGAACGGGUCCGUCGCGAAGAGAGGCGUCGUAAGCGCGAAGAGGAGGAACGCAUUCGUGAAGAAGAGGAGAAGCGCCGGAAACAGAAGGAGGAGGAGGAGCGCGAACGAAGGCGUCGCGAAGAAGAGGAGGAACGGAUCCGUCGAGAGGAGCAGGAACGCGUGGAGCGCGAGGAACGCGAGCGGCGACGAAAAGAGGAGGAGGAGCGCGAGCGCAUCCGGCUGGAGGAGCUCCGAGUGAAGGAGCAGCAGACGCGGCAGGUGGUUCAGGAACUGGAACAGCUGCUGGCCAAGGCCGAGGAGGAAGCCACCAAAGCCCGACAGGUCACUGAGCAUCUGUAUCAGUUGGUGAACGGCUCCACAGUGAACAGUGCUCCGCGCGAGUCCUUGGCCGCCAGCUUUCCGCCCAAAGCGGAAGAAGCUCUGCGCAGCGCCAAAUCCGCGGCGCGCCUGGGGCAGGUGGCGCAAAAGGCCUGCGAAACCGCCUGGAAGUCCUUGGAACAGCACUGGAUGCAGCUCUUUGAGGUGGAGACGUUGCGACAUGAGGUGACUCACUUUGUGCAACGCAGUGAACAGCGGAUGCAGCAGGCGCAGAUGACUGCUGCGCAAGCGGUGAAGAUGGCUUCUGAAAGCAAGGAGCGCAUCGGCAACACCGCAGCCCCUGCCAUCUGCGAUCGCAAGAAUGGUGACAUCUUCAGGAGAUACGACCAGGAUGAGGAUGGCAUGUUAUCUUCCACCGAAGUCGUCAGCUUCUGUCGCUUGGAGUAUGGCUUUGCCCUUCCCCAAGGCAACUUAGAUCGCAUCCUGCAGCACUUAGCCACCACCCCAGCCCCUGGCGCCGGUACCGCAGCUGUGGAGCCCAAACGGUUUCACCAGCUGCGAACAGCUGUGGGCAUUGCACGCUUUGAGGCGCGAGCCAAAAAGGCCAAGGAGGCGAAAAUGGCUGGAGAUACAGCUGGAGAUACAGCUGCAGCAGCUGCAGCUGCAGCUGAGGAUGAGAAGUUGAAGUUGGAAUUCCAAAAUCAUUUGAAACAACGGCAGCAACAGAUGGAGAAGGAGAUGGAACAAAUUGCCUGGACGGAUCUGGAGAAGAAGAUUGCUGAUGUUGAAUCCACCUCUGCCAAUUUUGUGAAAGCUGCCGCUGAGCCCGUGAACCAAGAGGAGCUGCAGAAGAUCGAAGCCGUCUACGACUCUGCGCUGCAGGAGACGCGCACGGCGCUGCCGGGCUACGUGAAUCAGCUGAGGGCCCUGCACCAUGGAGCGCUGCAGCUGUCUAUGAAGACUGAAGUCAAGGAGGUCAAGCAGGAUGCUAAAGAGGUCAAAGAAGGUAAAGAUGAGCCUAUGAAGGACGAAAAAGAUCAAAAUCCGAACGAAUCCGAAGAUCAGAAAGAUGGCCAAAAAGAGAAAGACGAGAAAGACGAGAAAGAUGCGAAAGAUGUUGAGAAAGAUGCUCUGAAAGGUCUGAAGGAAAGCCUUCGCAGUUUGUCCCAGCGCUUAGCGAAACUGGAAGCGCGCUUGGUGCUUUCUGAGCGCAGAGCCGUGGAGGGUCGAAAGGUCACAGCCAGGAUAUUGGCACACAAGGUGGAGGAGGUUCGGCUGGAAGUGGCUGUGAAGCUGCGGCAAUGCAUCGAGCAGUUGGGCGGCAAAGCGGUGGAUCUGUUUCAGAUCAUCGCGAAGGGAGAGGACGUUGCCUCGGUGGAAGAGGCGCAAGUCUUCCUGAAAGAAAACAACUGCGAAAUGGAGAUGGAGAAGUUGAGCAAAGCGUUUGCAGCCUGCAAAUCCACUCAGGAUGGAUCAGGCCCUGUGAAAGUCACGCGAGAGGAGUUCGGCAGGAUCAUCCGGCUGUGCUACGAGGUGAAAACGGCCGUGGACCUCACGGAGCAGUUGGCCUUGGGUCCCGCCAUGCGCAGCCUGCAGCCGGGAGAGAUCCUGGAGGUCCAGGCCGGCCCAAGAAGCGAACCUUCCACUGAGGGCAUGCUGCGCAUCCAUGCACGGGCCCAGCUGGAUGGUGCGCUGGGCUGGGUCACACUCUCCAGCAGUGAGGGUGAAUAUCUGGUGAAAAAGCCAAAUCCGACGAGUUCGUGACAGCAAACCGUCCAAACCGUGACGCCGCGAUAUGCUCCGCCCGUG